AUGGGUUGCUCCUCCUCCUUCCCAGGUCAUUACUCACACAUCCCAUCUAGUCCCUCUAAAGAUUGUCUGAUUGUUAAACAUGGUCAGAUGCCAGCUAUUUUUGAGGUUCAAUUUAUUAUGUUUAUUAAUCGGUUUUCCUUUUUAUUUUCCAAUUUCGGGUUGAUACUGAGAGUUAUGCGGCUAUUGUGAUCAGAAAGAAGGUUCAUCUUGAUGAUCCCUUCCAUAACUAUUACGGAAUCUUUGAAAAUAAUUUUAAUCAUAUUUCAUCGAGGAAACCUCUAUGAUGGAAGAAUUUAUGGGUGAAGAGGUGAUAAGAGUGUCGGAAAAGGAAGGAUGUAGAACGUGAAUGUAGACGUAUCAUCAGUGUUUCCCGUCUUCGCGCGAAAAGAAGGAUAUAUUUCAGUGGUGUAUAUGGUCAGUAGUAAGCACCAGAAAAAGGAUCAGGUUCUCUUACACAGGGUCUAGAAAGUGAGGGUAACAUGGAUUCAUUAUCAUGUUUGAUAUUCACCGCUGUCUUGAAAAGAUGCCACAAAAAUCAUGUUUGAUUUUCUGAGGUGUAACAGAAAUCCUGUCAUCCCUUCCGGGUAAUUUACACCAUGAACAUUGACUGUACAAGAUGACUAGUUGAUUGAGGUAUUUUCAAAACUUCUACCCCACAUUUCCUGUGCAUCAAAGCAUGAAAAAUACCCUAAGGCACCUAAUGGGUGUUAAAAACGUUGAAUGCUUACCAAAUAAUAAAAAUGUAUUAACUCUGGUGAGGAUUUUAACAUUGUCGACUGAAAUGAGCUAUUUUACGUGAGUAUUUGCAUAGAAGGUUCUCUAUCUUUCAUUAUCAUUUCCGUAACUCUGCUUGUGGUUAAGUUGUUUUGUCUUGCAUGCAAGUAUUUUAUCCUCGCUUCCAUGACUUGCUACCCGUAUUUACAUGGUGGGUGAGUCAUUUAUUUAAUACGGUGCUGUCUGUGUGAAAACCAUUAUGGUUAUUUUAUGCAGAAAGGAUCCAUUUAACUGAAAUUCUUCUGGCACCUAUUGUUACUUUAAUAUGAAUAUUAGCACACACGAUUGGAAAAUCUUCUCUCAAGAAUUAAUGUCGAUCUAAGUGUUCCUUUUCCAUGUAAUAAUAUUCUUUACAUUUAAAUUAUCAUUCAUACCACUAGAUUGGUCGGGAGUUUCUGAGGCUAUAACGGAUAUAUUUCUUUUCUCUGCAGCUAGGAAUACUUCGGGGUUGGGGAAUCUGAACGUCAGUGAUGCUACAGUCUCAGACUCGAAAAACCUGAAAGUCAAGGUAAGUGGGCUUACUCUUCCCCCAAUGUGGUCCUGUUUUCUUUUGAAUUCUUUUUGUCAAAAAGCUGAUAUUUUAUUGCUGAUACUGUAUACUACAAUAUGUGAUGUCAGAACAUUAUAGAUCGUCUUUCAUCGUAAUAGAAUAGGAUUCCUGUUAUAUGCUCUAGGAUGUGAUGGUACCAGACCCAAGACAAAUGCGAACUUGGCUGAGCUAGUUGUUAUGCUCUCCUAUGUAGCAACUUGGUGUAGGAAUGUGUGCCGUAAAAGAAGGCGUGUGGCCGUGAGUCUGAGCUGGCUAACCUUGUUCUAUGGUGCCAAGGAUGGUGAAUUUGACGCAUAAAGUAUUGUUUUGCCGGUAUUAGAUAAGUCCAGUCACUUGGGUAUGGAUGUUUAGUUAAUAAUAUGUUUAGAUGUAGUUGAAUUAAUUUCUACCUAAUCUUGUUUCCAGUUGGUACUGUUGGGGGAUUCUGGUGUUGGGAAAAGCUGCAUUGUCCUUCGCUUUGUCCGGGGUCAGUUUGAUCCAACAUCUAAGGUAACAUCAUAUAUAUCAGUUGCCAUUAUCUUAUCACAAAAUAGGAUUAUGGUAACUAUUGGUUUAUGAUGGGUUUCAGGUGACUGUUGGUGCUUCAUUCUUAUCACAAACAAUAGCCCUCAAAGACUCUACGACGGUUAAGUUUGAGAUAUGGGAUACUGCUGGUCAAGAGAGGUAUGGAUUUUCACAUUUGAGUGACACUAUUCCACUCUUCACGAACAUAAGUAAAAGAAAUUAUCCACUUACAUCACAUGGGCAAGAAAAGCAAAAGAAGGAAAAUGUGUCUAAUAGAUGGGGGAACAAUCUCUACUUUCCUGGUGACAGCAAUUGUAGAAAUAUUGCAACAUAUAUUCUAUCAUUUCCAGAAGAACGAGAAGUGAAAUACCUAACCCGAGAGAAAUGAAAAACGAUUAUGAUGUUCUUCUGGUUUCCUUUUGAUAUAUGAAGAGUGAAUGGAUUCAUCUACACGUUUAUUCAGUGUUUGAAUGGAUUCAUACUUUCCUAGUUAUUCUCUUCGUCACUCUUUUUGAAACAGGUAUGCUGCAUUAGCACCACUUUACUAUCGAGGAGCGGCUGCAGCAGUUGUAGUAUAUGACAUAACAAGCCCAGAGUCAUUCCAGAAGGCACAAUACUGGGUCAAGGUAUUUUCUUGGCUUUCUUGACUUUCUUGAUCCACUCUUUAUGGGUUGACUAGACCGCUGACUUAGACUUGACCCAAUGAAGCAGUGAACCAACACUUCUUCUUUUCUGACAGAUUGAUUGAGUAGUUGGUCAUUUAUUAUAUAAAUUCCUUGUCAUUUUAUUUAUCAUGCUGCUGAUUAAAACUCUGUUGUGAUGUCUUGAAACCGGUGGGGCCUGUGGAAAAGCUGAUAUUUGGCAUUAUAUAAUUACAGGAACUUCAGAAACAUGGAAGCCCAGAUAUUGUCAUGGCUUUAGUCGGUAACAAGGCUGAUUUGCACGAAAAUAGAAGUGUGCCUCUUCAGGUGACGAUAAAGAUUCUCAUUAGAAGUAUUUAAUAUUAUAUUCGUUGCCAUUAUAAGAUAGUAAUCGACUGAACUAUUUUAGCUACCCGGUUGAUGCUUCUUUGUGUGUUCGUGUUGUCAAGGAUGCCACUGAGUAUGCAGAGAAGAAUGGGAUGUUCUCAAUUGAGACAUCAGCGAAGACUGCCAAUAACAUUAAUCAGCUGUUUGAGGUACGGAAUUUUGCAUCUCGAUAGAAAUAAAUGCAAGUCAAAGCUGAUGUUCUUCGCCCAUGAGGGCUAGUAAAGCCCGGUUGGGCCUUUUUUUAAUUUCCGGGCUUCAUUUUUAGGCCCAGGGCCCGGAGAGAGUUGUUCAUGACUAUCCUCUUUUGGCCAUCUUGGUUCAUCACCGGUUGCAAGUCUUGACUGGCUGCUCCUUCACUGUUUCAGGAGAUUGCCAAGAGGUUGCUGCUCAGGACGACCUCCUCUCCCUCUUCCUGA